AUGAAAUUAUUUUACUGUAUUGCAACAUUUUUGUUUACUGUAACAUUUGGUCAACAGCCGAGAUUUAUGCAAAACUGUAAUGAAGCACCAACAGCUGAAGCACGACAAGUAUGCUUUACGUUACAGCAAAUGGCUCGUAAUUCAAGGCUUCAAACCAAUCGACUACCAACUCCACCUGAUUUUCUACAACCGGCUCCGUUAAAUCCAUAUGCAAGAGGUCAGAUUGCUAGUCAUCCGUAUGACUGCAUGACAAUUACCUGUCUGUGUCCAUUCUUUCAGGGUUCAAUAGGACCUCAGAACCAAUGCAUACUGCGAAAUGGUCAACUUUUGACCAUGGGAUAUCGCAAGGAAUACAGAAUGCUUACCGAGGAUGAACGUUUGAGGUUUUUCAAUGCAAUAACAACGCUAAAGCGGAGUGGUGAAUAUGAUCGCAUGAGCCUUGAGCAUCAGAUGGUAGGCCAAGGCAGUGGCGCACAUGCAGGACCCGGAUUUUUACCGUGGCAUCGCGAAUUUUUAAAACGAUUUGAAAUUGCGCUUCGUUUGAUUGACCCGCAAGUAUCACUACCAUAUUGGGAUUCCGUUAUAGAUCAAUAUUUGCCGGAUCCAAGGGAUUCAAUCUUUUUUAGUCCAUAUUUCAUAGGUGAAACGGAUGAAUUCGGUAACGUUAUUACUGGACCGUUUGCUUACUGGAGCACUAUCGAUGGUAGAACAGCUAUUCUUCGAGCGCUUGGUGAGAAAGGAAAAUUGUUUACUGAAUAUGAUAUUAUCGAUAUCUUAUCACAAACAUCACUUGAACAAGUCAUGGCUUACACUGCACCAGUAAAUGAUUGCCCAUAUCCAGCAGGAUUUUCUGCCCUAGAAUAUACGCAUUCAUUUGUCCAUCUUUGGAUAGGUGGUCAUAUGGAACCACCAGAACAGUCCUCUAAUGAUCCCGUCUUUUAUGGCCUUCAUGCAUUUGUUGAUUUACUCUGGGAGUUAUGGAGACAUGGCCGACAAUCACAUUGGGCACGAGAAAAUCAAUAUUCGCAAGACAUUCAAGAAUGUGCCGAUCCGCGACAUUUCAGCUAUGCGCCAAUGGUACCAUUUAAUUUGCUCAAUCGUGAUGGUUUAUCAAAUUUGUACACUGAACAAAUGUAUCGAUUUGCUCCGCGACCAGGUUGCAGCUUCGAGAUACCAUUUUGUGGAUCACCUUAUCUUUUCUGUGAUGCGCGAGUAUCACCACAUUGUGUAUCUAAAAUUAAACUUGGUGGUAUUUGUGCGAGUUUCGAAGGACUCGAUGCAUGUUUUAAUAGCAUAUGUGUAGCAGGACGAUGUAUACCGGGAGCUAUGCCAGCUCCGUUCGUACCACGAACCGAAUUACCACCAACUUUACGUCGAGAAAUUACUCGACAAUAUGCAGCCCGACGAUUUAAUAAUUGUUUUAAUGGAAUGCCAUGCUGUGAGCAAUGGGCUAAAGAAGGCGAAUGUCAUAAAAAUGAACUUCAUAUGGCGAAAUUUUGCCCCGCGGCAUGUGGCAAAUGUCGUCCAUCUUAUAAUAUCUCAAAUGAAUGUGAUGAUCGGCAUGUAUCAUGUAAGCAAUGGAAAAGUGAAAAUCAGUGCUUUGGAACUUCCGAGGAUUUCAUGGCUGAAAAUUGUCGCACAUCGUGUGAAUUAUGUAGCAAGCCGAAAAAUAUGAAUUGUCAGAAGCUCAAAAUUCUGUUGAAAAUGCCUAAGCAGCCAAAAUCGAAAACAGCAAACAGUACUGACAAUAUUGAUGAAUCAAACGAAAUAAAUGAUUCGGCACAAUUUUUGCAAACUUUUCCAAAUAGAUCAACAAUGUCACCAGCCAAUGUCUUUUAA